CCCGCGCCGCCCGAAGUCUCGCGAGACCGCGCGGAGCGGGGCGGGCUGCGGGCCGGCAUGGCGGCGGCGGCGGGAGCCUGGCUGAGGAGCGGCGCUAAGCUGAAAAGAAAUGUGCCAGCAUACUUGGCAGCCUCUUGGAGGGCUUCUCCGUGUGUCUAUAGAUCCUUCAAAUCAGAACCUAUGCCAAAUGUGACCGGUGAUGGACUCAUCUGUGCUCCGCUUCAAACAUUCACUGAAGAGGAGACGAUGCUGAAAAAUAUGGUGAAAAGAUUUGCUCAGGAACGAGUUGCACCUUUGGUACAAAAAAUGGACGAGAAUUCGAAAAUGGAAGACUCUGUAAUAAAGGGAUUGUUUGAACAAGGGCUGAUGAGUAUUGAGCUUGGAGAAGAGUACGGAGGAACUGGAGCUUCAUUGUUUUCCAUCAUAUUGGCGGUAGAAGAGUUGGCCAAGGUUGAUCCAGCUGUAGCUCUUGUAUGUGAACUCCAAAAUACGCUAACAAACAGGUUAUUUACCACAUACGGAACAGAAGAACAAAAGAGAACCUACUUGCCUAGAGUGGCUAAAGAUACAAUAGGCAGUUUCUGCCUGUCGGAGGCUGGAUCUGGCAGUGAUGCUUUCUCUUUGAAGACUCGUGCUGAAAAGAAAGGAGACUACUAUAUUAUCAAUGGCUCAAAGAUGUGGAUUAGCUUAGCAGAACACGCAGGAGUUUUCUUUGUGAUGGCAAAUACGGAUCCUGCCUCAGGAUACAAGGGAAUCACAUGCUUUAUAGUAGAUCGCAACACAGAGGGACUACAUAUAGGGAAGAAGGAGGAUAAGCUUGGAAUCAGAGCGUCGUCUACUUGCCCAGUAACGUUUGAAAAUGUUAAGGUUCCUGAGACGAAUAUCCUCGGGCAGAUUGGACAGGGCUACAAGUAUGCAAUUGGAAUGCUAAAUUGUGGCAGAAUAGGUAUUGCUGCACAGAUGUUAGGACUGGCACAGGGGUGUUUUGACCAUGCAGUUCCAUAUACAAAGGAGAGAGUCCAGUUUGGGAAAAGCGUAUUUGAUUUCCAGGCAAUGCAGCAUCAGAUAGCUCAGGUGGCCACCGAGUUGGAGGCUGCGAGGCUGCUGACCUACAAUGCUGCCCGUCUUGCAGAAACAGGAAAGCCAUUCAUAAAGGAGGCGAGCAUGGCCAAAUACUAUGCUGCAGAGGUUGCAACACUAACAACUAGUAAAUGUAUUGAAUGGAUGGGUGGUGUUGGAUUCACCAAGAAUUAUCCAAUAGAAAAGUACUAUCGUGACUGCAAAAUAGGUACAAUCUAUGAAGGAACUUCAAAUAUCCAGUUGAGCACCAUUGCAAAAAGCUUAGCACAGGAGUACUGAAAGUAUAAGAACUUCGUGACUAUUAACAGAAGCAACUUCACUGAGCAUUAAUCAUUAAUUACAGCUUUUUUUUUGCGAUUAUAAGAAUGCAUCAUCACAGACAAAAUCAUAAAGAAAACAGUGAAUUCCGCAUUUCAGGACAGUGAAUGUGUAAAUCAUGCUAAAUUAUGAAUUCCACAUUCAAAUCUAAAUGUUGAGUUAAAAGCAUCUCUUUCUGCCUGAGACACUUCUAUGAUAAGACAUUAGCUCAAAUUAUUUUGCUGCUUUAGAUUAUACAAAUAGUGUGUCUGAACUUUAAGAUUUCAAAGCGAAACAGAAGACAUUUUUAAGUUGCCUGAUGUAAAAGCUUCUGUUAAGCUGCCUGGGAGAAAGGUCUCUUCGUGUGCAGCAGAACUGUUGCACGGUGUAACGCUUCAGUUUGUUCUUUAUGCCUUUUUUUAGCAUGGAGUACAGGAGAGCUGUUUGGAAAUAGGUAAAAGGGAUGGUUUUCCUCUCUUGGGGAGAGAUGUCUAUGGAGCUGCUGUAAAUGGAGUAAUUUUUUUGGGCAGCCUUCAGUGUGUUCUUAAGUAUAUCUUGGUAAUUAAGCCCUUCCAGCCCCAGUCUGUAGUACUGAAAGGUGGAUAAUACGUACCUCCCUUUCCAGCGUUCUCAGUUGUUCAGGGUUUAAAUCUAAGAGGCUAUUUAUAGAUAUCCUUUUACAAAAGGUUGAGUUGAAAUCUUUGUGAAAUGGGGUUAAAAAUCUCUAGUGGUUCUGCAGAAAGACAGAGAUAUAAGCUAGAUAAUAGGAAUGCUGUGAUACUACCUCACAGCGGCCUUUCCAUGUUCAAUGUGUGUUACCAGCUUUAAUUCUCAGAACCUUCCUGAGAGUUAGGGAGGGACUGAUAAUUUGUGGGGAAAAAAAAAAUCAUGGAAGUUAGUGGUUUCUCUACAACCACUAAGAGGCGUUUAUCUUCUUUGGACAGAGAGGGAGAUAAUUUUCUUGAGAUGUAUUUGCUCUUUUGUCCCUCUCUGUUUACUUUAAAAUUAGACAUUUCUUUUACUCCUGAAGAGUCUUCAGUGUUGGAGAACUAAUUAACUUAGAGUCGAGAGACUGAAAGUUUAUAUAAUUAUAUAAUUGCUGUAACUGGCAAUUUGCUUCAAGUGUAUUGGGGUAGGCAAAGAUUGUUUUUCUGUUUUGGCCAACUUACAAGAAUCUCAUUUUUAAAGCUUCCUAGUCACUGAUGUGUAACUUUGAGUGGAGCUUAGAAUGUUACCAUCUGAGACUCCCAGAGAAUUUUCUGGCCAAUGGUGGAAAAGGGCCCUUAAUAGGUAUGUUUUGACAAACACACUGCAGUGCCUUAUACAAAGAAACAAGCAAGGAGAAAAGCAUCAGUUCUUAGACUUGCUUUCAGCCUCAAAGGGAAGUAACUAUUUUACUGAAUGCCUUUCCCCACAUUUCUUCUUUGCCUGUUGACAGGCAAAGAGCUAAUGCGAUAUUUAUGCCAAAUAAAAAAGCACUUUCCAUGUGAGUUUGUUCAACAGCUUUGGGAUUUUCAAAAAUUCAGGAGUAGGAGGGUAGACUAGAGAAUUUCUGAAGGUUUCUUCCGGGUAUGUAGUUGUUAAAAUACAUUUCAGGUUGUUUGCAGACUCUCUUUUAGAUGUUAGACUACUGUUAAGACUACGAACACUGCAAUGGCUAACGGCAGUUACUCUGCUCAACAUAGUCUAUCCGUGAGACUACUCUGAUCAUAAUCCUACUACAAAUACUUGAGUGUCCUUGAUUGCUACAAUGCAAUGUGCUAAUGUGAGAGGCCAUCCUUAGCUGCUGCAGUUCAGCCAGCUUUGCUAACACGAGUAUCAGCAAAGAUGAGGUUUUGACUUGUACUGUUUAAUGGGUCUUCUAGUGCAAGACAAUAUCUUAGCUUGGCUUCUUUAGUUUUGUGUGAGGCUACAAAGUGGGUGAUGAUACUUAACUGACUUAAUAUAGUGCUAAAAGCAAACCCUUUAUUAAGGAAAGUGCUGAGCUCCUUGAAGGACUGCUGACGGCUGGAUAUCCAGCAUUAUGUAAAAGGGCUGUCUCUGUGCAGAGCUGUGUCAGGUAUCUAUUUAAAAUAGAAAAAAAAAAAAAGAAAAAAAUCAUAAUAAUGUGAUUUCCUGCAGUCUGAACUUGGCUGCCUUACUUCAGAAAACUACCUGGACGGCUUCAUCAGGAACUCAACAGUUCUCCUUAGAAAAGCAAAGUCAAUCCUUUAGCUAGUGUUAUGGCUGUGAAGAUUUCGUGUCUCUCAGUUCCAUAGGCUGUAUGCUCUAAAUUCUUUCUUUUGCAAGAAAUACAAGCAUUUUAUUUCUGCCUACGAAAUUUUGUGGAGGAAUAUGCGCACAAGUAAACUGUAACCACCAAGUUUCUUCCCAGAUUCCAUUUCUCCUUAAAAAGGGCACACACACCACUGAGUCAGCAUUGGCUGUUUUGGCCGUUUCCUCUGGGAAGAGUUUGUUUGAUCCUCUUAAGCCUGCUUCCAUGGCUGCAUUAAUGCAGUCAUUAGUUUAGUAAUAGGACGUGCUCCGUUGUCCAGGAGCUAUUCAGAGCUGCCUGUAGCCCCCACCCCUGUUGUGUUUCGGACAUGGAUUUAUGGAUUGUCAAAAAUUGCAUUUCUACACUUGCCACUGUUGGGCAUAGGACUGUUAAUGGUGGUUGGCUACACCAGUAGGUGUGGGGCAGCAGAGCUGGCGUGGUGAUUGUUACAAGGCUUUCUGUGAUGAGGGUGGGUCUUAAAGCUGCUUUAUGUAUUUAUAUUAGUGAGUUUCUUUUUAUAUGUCCUUAGUCAUUUCAGUUGAUCUAGUCUGUUACCUUGGAACAACAUAUUCAGUACUCAAAUGCUACAUCUGGGCUGGUUAAAAGAAAAAACCUGUGCUGAGAAUGCAUUAAAAAGUGCCUGAAUUUGCUAUCUGACUAGAUACAAUGCUAAUCUUGUGUAUCAGCUGACGGUUCUCUAGUAAUCUGUCAUUUAAAUUUUUAAACUGCAAUUUUUGUACUGACACGGAACGAAUAUAUCUUCUGUCAGAUUUCUUUCGUAUUACUCUGGUUUGUGAUAUAGCUCUGAGGCAGGUAUCCACAGAAAGGUUUAAUUGUUAUCCGGAAAAUACUCAAAUAGAACAUUUUAUACGAUGUUUCCGAUGCUGUUGUUCUUUCUUUCAUGUUUUCUUUUCCCAAUGUAAAGAUUGUGUUGGAAAAAGAUGAUGUGAAAUACAGAGUAAUUGUUCCACGGGAGCCUUUCACUAUGUAAAGAAUUUUCUAAUUAACACGAUAUUACUUUUCCAUUUGGAAAUCUUUUGGUGAGAGACCCAUUUCAAGUUCUUCAUACCGUAAUAAACUAGAUUUGAAACACA